GGCUCCGCAGCCAGAGCAGGAGCAAAGGAGCAGGCGGCAGAGGAGGAGGAUGGCGGGGGGCGAGGCGGGCUCCCCGGGCCCCGCAGCCGUCUCGCUGGGCCUGAGCGUGGCCGUGGUCUCCAGCCUGGUCAACGGCUCCACCUUCGUCCUCCAGAAGAAGGGCAUCGUCCGGGCCAGAGGCAGAGGAACUUCAUACUUAACUGACAUAGUCUGGUGGUCAGGCACUAUUGCAAUGGCGCUUGGUCAGAUUGGGAAUUUCUUAGCCUACACUGCAGUUCCUACUGUUCUAGUGACCCCCCUUGGAGCUCUUGGAGUUCCCUUUGGGUCGAUUUUAGCUUCCUACUUAUUGAAAGAAAAACUCAACAUUCUUGGCAAAUUGGGCUGUCUGCUGAGCUGUGCAGGUUCUGUGGUCCUCAUCAUCCAUUCUCCUAAGUCUGAAAGUGUCACUACUCAGGCUGAACUUGAAGAGAAACUCACAAACCCAGUGUUCGUGGGAUACCUCUGCAUUGUUCUCCUCAUGCUUCUGCUGCUUAUCUUUUGGAUUGCUCCAGCUCACGGACCCACUAACAUUAUGGUUUACAUCAGUAUUUGCUCACUGCUGGGAAGUUUCACAGUGCCCAGCACAAAAGGCAUUGGAUUGGCUGCUCAAGAUAUCUUUCACAAUAAUCCUUCAAGUCAAAGGGCACUAUACCUUUGUUUGGUUCUACUAGCAGUAUUAGGAUGUAGCAUCAUAAUUCAGUUCAGGUACAUCAACAAAGCUCUGGAAUGUUUCGACUCCUCCGUGUUUGGUGCCAUCUACUAUGUAGUGUUCACCACUCUAGUCUUGCUAGCCUCAGCCAUUCUGUUCAGAGAAUGGAGCAAUGUUGGAUUGGUUGAUUUCUUAGGGAUGGCUUGUGGAUUCACCACUGUUUCUAUUGGAAUUGUUCUUAUACAAGUCUUCAAAGAGUUCAGUUUCAAUAUUGGGGAUUUGAAUAAGCCUAAUAUGAAGACUGAUUAA